AUGUACAUUUUCGCGCAAGAGUUUUUCUUCUCAGUGUCUGCCUCCGUCUCAGUUCUUGUUUUCCAUGUUUUCGUUGGUUACGCGUUGGAAAACAUUUAUGAAAUUAGCAGAAACUCUGGGCCUAAGGAUCAGGUCUGGAAUGGCAAGGACUCUUUUAAGAUUCCGCCCUCAAAAUGUGAUCCAAUAGAAAAUACAACAGGAGAUGAAUGCGAACCAUUUCGAGCAGAUCCACCGUCGAGUAACAUUCCAAAAUGCUGUUGUCCGUGUCCUGGUGGCGGACCCACGUUCGCUUUUCUUAACAAUAGUUGGGCGUGUUUUGACAAUGGAAACAUACGAGACUUACAAGGUACGGUACGGAGAUGAAGUAAUCAAAAUUAAAUUGGGGCAUUUCUUUGUAGUUCGAUCGUGGACAUAAUUAUAUAGUUAGUAUUUGAUGUCUAAUAUAAUCUUUAACCCUUCACUGCCAAAUGUAGCCAAAGGCAAAUUUCGACCACAUUUCCAAAUUUCACAAACAAACAGCACCAUAUGAAAGUACAGACAGAGAGCUUUCAUUCGAGUGGUCACAUCAUAGCAUUUCGUCUGCAGACUCAAAAGUUAGAGUUACCUUACAAAACUCGAUCAAGCACUCUGGCAGUGAAGGGGUUAAUCUCCAAUUCAUCAGAUUUUAAAUCUCGGUCCAGGAACGACAGUGUCGGCGAAAUACGAAAUAAACGUUAAAAAAGGCUAAGGUCAAAGUUAGAAUUGCCAUAAUGUUUUUUUUCUUGGCGUUUGGUAAACGUGCUCCACAUGCUCAUAAGCACUGACAGCACAGAAAGAUCAUAUUUGAAGCCUAAGCUACUGAUAUAGCGCUCAUAGUUACGAAUUACAUUAAACAAAUGUUGACGUGUUUAUGCUAUAAAUAUUGCUUUUCGUUGCUCAUUACGAAUUAGGCUGCAACCACACGAGCUAUUUUUUGAAUGAGGCAACGAAUCCCCCAUGGGAGUUAUGGGCGAUACAAGCGUCUUUCUCCGUGUUGACUGAUAUUCCUUUUGAUGGGUCGAAUGGCCUGCAAAGCUGCGAGGUUUUGCCAAAUUCUUCCUGGUAUCUUGGAUGUAAUGGGACGCGAGUAAAGUCACCUCUCUAUCAAAGGAAGAUGAAGGACCUGUUUGCAUUAGCUAACCAGCAGUCUGGUCGUGCUCGGUUCAACCGAUUCUCUCUAGAGGUAAGAAAACGCCACCAUGACAGCUCAGGCUUUUGACCCUGUCUAUUUUGCAUGAAGAUAUGGUAUAUAACGGCCGCGGGCACCCAGACCCUUUAAUACGUAGCAGCAAAACUCACCGUGAACAAUAGCAGAGGAGAUCUACCAGCGCGAGCGAUUUUCGUCUUGCCUUGAAGUGACGACGUACUAACAAACAAAAACAAAAAACGCACAAGGAUAAAAAAAAAAAAAGAACGAAGAAAAAGAUCGUUCUUACAAAUUUGAUGACAAUUAAAUCAAUUUCCUGUAAACUAAAUUAACGGAAUAACAUGGAGAACCUUUGCUUGCAUACGAAGAUGAUCUAAAUUUCAACUCUCAACAUUUUUCACUGUUUCCAAACAUUUCUUUUCUUCACAGGUUAAAAGUGGCGUGUUAAACGCACAUUUGUUGGAGGGGAAAAUUAUCAACUUGGCUAUACGAUGCAACCGUUCAAACAGCGAUGUCCAAUUUCACAGCUGCCUGAUGUUCAAAUUAACAGGGCAACAAAUAUGUAAGCCAGUAAGAAUUAGCUAAAAUAUUUCGUGCAAAAGGUUUGAACUAUAUGUAGGCUUUUAAGAAGAAACCCAUUAUUCAUUAUAAAGCCUAUGAUGAUCUUUAGAGCCUCUCAAUGAAAGCAGAGACAUUUAAUAGCACUUGUUUGAAAUAUUAACCGAAGUAGAAUUUUGUGUUAGCUGAGUUUUUGCCGGAAUGCAAAAGAUAACAGGCUCAUCGCCAUCGCCAUCGCCACAUCGGAUUUUAAACGGCCUAAUGCCCUGCCAAGUGCUUCCCUAUAGAGAACCAGAUGGAAAUUCAAACUUGAUUCUCAGCGACAACUAUUUCCAUUGGUCUCAUAGAGAAAUAAUUGAGACGUUAAUAUCUAUACCAUGAAUUCAGAAUAGGAGUAGGAGUCUUUGCACGGUACUUAAAUGUCAUGAAUCACUCAGCUAGAAUUUUGGACCACCAGACGAACUGAGUUUUUGGCCACAAUGUGGUUUUCAGUAAGUUGUCCUCAGUAUGAAACAAUAUUAAUAAACUUUUAAACAUAACUGUUUCUUUUUAGGCCCUGAACCUCAUUUUAAGUUAUAAACUUUCUCUACGACGAGUGCCGGAACACAAACACUAACAACAAAUAUUUAUCCUUCUUCCGUGACCACGUCGUCGAAAGUCGUUACGCCGGGCAACGUAAGUUUAAAAUAAAUACCUAAGAGAACCUAAUAGGGUAUUUUAACACGAGGUCCUUCCCAACAAACCGCCCACGAAAUAGCUACGCAGGAGUGGAAUCGUUAUUUGAUUAGAGUUAAAAAAAUAAAAAAAGAAAUAGAAAAGAAAUAAAUAAUAAUAAUAAAACAAGUUACACUGUAUUUUGUACCAUAUGACGGCUUGUUGAAAGACUCACUCAUUUUUGAAACUGAAAACUGAGUGAAACUCGAAAUUGUGCAAAAUAUAAGGUGGUUCGAUCCUAUUCGCUGGCGUACUGGAUAUAUUUUUUGAACGGUGUUUUCAGCAGGAAACAGAUUAAAAGAUUUCUAUGAUAUUUUGUAUCCCAAAUUAAAAAUAAUGGAACUUUAAGGGCUUUAACAACUUUUAUCAUCAUCACUAUUAUUAAAAAGAAGAACUUCGACCCUGACCACCCGCAUGUCACUUGGAUGUAGUGAUUGAUGUAACAAUUAUUUUCUGAUUAGAUUAAUCUAGGAUAUGACAUAUAUUAGCAAUUAUAGUUUUUACAUUUAAGAUUUAAUUUUAAUUUUUUUUCCUUUUUCUUAUUUAAGUGUCUGUUGUAGUUUUUGGGUGGACUAGGUUCGUAUGUUCCCUUCUAGUCACUUCCCCACUGCAAUUAUUAUUACUUUCUUUUUUUUUUCUAGUAUGUAGUUAAUUGUUCUCUUAUGUAAUUUAGCUAAGUUUUCUUUAAAUAUAUAUAUGUAUAUGUUUUAUGUGUGACACCUUUGUUUCAACUAAUGCAGUGAAAAUGGAAUAAAUUAAAAAAUCAAUUAAAUUAUAAUUAUUGUUAUUAUUAUUAUUAUUAUUAUUAUUAUUAAUAUUUCACCCUUAGAUUCGCCCUACACCAAGCCGAGACCGUGAAAGCAGUAAUCUACUGACCAAAGUUGUCAUUAUAUUGGCAAAAUUGGCGAUCACUGCCCCCAUUGCAGUCUUCCUUGUAAUUAUGGGCACUUUAUUGGUACAUCGCUAUCGCCAUCGGUAAGCCCGUAAACCUUCACUGUAUUAAAUAAUGAGGAUACGAUUGUUGUGUACUGUGUAAUCAUUUGACAUCGACGUUAAACUAAACAAUUAUAACAGUAACUAAAGAGUAAGAACGAUGUCAACGUACUGACUGAAUCCGCAUGUAAGUCGUACUCAUCAACAGGCACUUACUGAAUGUGCUAAAAUAAAAAGUACACAAUUAUAAUCGAUGUACAGUACUCGGUAUAAGAUUUAUUACUUUCGAUACAGUACAAGACGUCUAGGUUAACAAAACAUUUUUAGUGGUACGAUUUCCCUUUGUCAGGCAAUACUCGCGCAUUCUCUGGCAUAACAUACACGUAUGGUCGUCACACUGUAAAAAGCCUAAUUUGCAUUUUGGUUUUGACAGACGUAUAAACACGCGAAAAAAGGUAACUCAUAAAGGACAAAAAAUAAAAAAAACAAGAAAACAAGAAACAAAAAAAACGUCACGGUUCUCUGCUAAUCUUUAAUCUUACAGAAAGCAAGAGCAUCCCAAUCAUCUCUUUGAAGGUAACUUUCUAUUUACUUCACAUGCAUGUUAAUAUAAAGAUAUAGUUUGGCAAUCCCUCCUUGAUUGGCUAACGUGCUCAUAUUCUAUAAGGUCACAGACAGCGAGUAAAGCGAGCCAAGCAGUAGCUCUAAAAUAUAGCUACCAUCAUCCAAUAAGAAAACUGUCAACCACUAAAAUGUUCGUUUCGAGCUGGCAGCCAGCUAUUUUUUAAAUCUUACUUUGGCACUUCUUUGAAGUCUAAACAAUCUCCAGGAUCGCGGUCGAAUUUAAAUUUGUAAACUUCGUAAGACACUGAUGUUUGUUUGAAUCCAUUGUAGGCACUUUACUUUUGUAAGUGACUUUAAAAAGCAGCAAUUUGAACAAAACUUUGAAAUAUACAAUCACAUAUGUUCAGAACGAAGGACUUCUUAAUUCCACAUUUAAUUCUCCUGUAGGCACAACCUCCAGCCGACAAAUUUCGCAGGUGCGUCUCUAACAUAAAAUAGCAAUUAUUUGAUAUUAUCUUGACAUUUAUGAUAAAGAAUCUUGCAUGUUACUUAUCUGAUUUUAUGUUGCUCAUUUUUCUGUGAAGUUGAAGAACCUAUGGCACACUUUUUUAUUUAUGGAAGACUGUGGGAAAAAUUCCUCGUUCUCACGGUCCAAUAGUUGCUGUCAGUGAAAAAUUAGAGUGAAAUCACAAGUUUUUCGAUUGCCUAUUUUCAAUGUCACAGUCACACAAAGGGAAUCGGCUGAGUCAGUCAAGGCUAGGGUAUAAGCUCAUUCUUCUUGUUCUUGUUCUUUCUUUCUUGCAUCUAUUUAUUAUUAUUAUUAUUUUUAUAACGUCCACAGUCUUCAUCCGAGGAAACUGUUGUUGGAGACAUGAUAAUGGAAGAGAGAAGUUCUGAUUACGCUUACACAAAUCCUGUCCAGGUAACAAAUUGUUAAAUUUUGAUCUUGUUUUAUUCAUUUAUCUAUUUGCUUAUUUAUUUAUUUUCCCUACUAUCCACAGUCCUUUUCCGAAGAAACCGACACUGGAUACAUGAUGAUGGAAGGAGCUUCUCGCUCCGUGAGAAGUUAUGAUUACGCCUACGCAAAUCCUGUAGAAAUCACACCUCCUUCUUUGAUCUCACGGAGCACAAGAACAGGGUGCGUUCCCGAGGAUGCCUCUGCUAAUCAACAAUCACCAGCAUCUGUUGUAGUCAGGUCACCAGCCAUUUAUAUUCAUAAAAGUUACGAAGACACGAACAAUAUUACAAAGAACAGCUUAUUUACUGAAGGUAAAAACGAUUGCGUUAAGGAUGAAUGUUGUCGAAUGGACGAACAUAGUGAUUUCAAUUGCCUCUUUUUGACUAGAAACUUUCUUUCUCUUUCUUGGUAUCUAAAAAUUUUCUAUAGGAUAUCCUCGGACAAUUACUAAGUAAAACGGAAUUACUCGUUACUAGUGUCACAGACCUAUGUUUAUGUACUAGGUAACUUGUUAAAUAUUCUAAAGAAAGAUUUGAAAACAACAAUCACAUAUGUUAAAAGAAAAGGACUGCUGAACUCUCAAUAUUUUUGCCUCGUAGGGACCAUACCAACCCCGAUUUCACAGGUACACUUACUUUAAUAAUAAUAAAAAAAAAGUAUAUAAAGAAUAAAAUUUGCAUUUAUUAUUAUUCUAAAAAUAUUCAUAAUAUUUAAAGGGAUGAUUGAUGGUGUAAGCUUAUACCUUCUAAUGGUGCUACAUAUUGAGACUAGAUCGUGGGUGUAAUUAUGUGUAAUGGAAGAAAUAAUAUUCGAAAAGUUAAAAUUCUGCUACUUUUGGUAGAAUAUACUCUGCCUCUAAACCAUUCAGAUUGGGUAUUUUUUGGGCUUCUUGGAACCGGCCUCAGAGACACGCCUCCCUCACCACAGUCAAGUUGACGUCAUAUAGUUGAAUUUAUUAGCUGGACCUAUCUUUUCCAAUUACUUACACCAAGAAUUGAUUUGUAGCAGAAAAACGUGAAAAACUAAUGGGUGAGUUAUGAAUUUAGCUGACAUUUUGACACCAUUACCAGAUUCAAAUUUAUUCUUUUCUUCAGAAAAUUUGCUUAUUUAGUUACACUUCCUGAUCCAAAUAUAACGAAUGGAGCAUAACAGUUAUCUUUCGUCCACAGUCUUGUCCUGAGAAACCUGAGACUGGAUACAUGACGAUGGAAGGAUCUCCUUGCCCCAGCAGUGUUUACGAUUACGCGUACGCGAAAACUUCAAAAAUCACUGAACGUUUAUUAAUUUCGCGGCUAGGAAUGAGGUGCGAUGAAAUCUCCACUGGAUACGUCGGUGACACUACGUCACGAAAUCAACAACAAUCACGAUCUGAUGAAUUCAGAUCAUCUGCAAUUUACACUGAUAAAGAUUGCGAGAAUUCAAAAAACACCUGUGUGAAGAACAGUUUAUCUUAUCAAGAAGCAAACGUCGAACGUUUACAAGUGGACUGUGGCGCUUCUGCUCUGUCAUAUGAAAAUUUUCCCGGUAGCAGCUCGGAACGUUUUUCAGAGGAGAGGACCGAUUCUGAAGAGUAUGUUGAAAAGGGAAAGAGAAGAAGCGUGCAGUUUGCGGAUAGUGAAGAUAGAUAUGGUCGCAGUGCCUUACCCAAGGAAAAAGGAGGCCCAUUUCUCAUAGAAAUUGAGAAAUUCAGAUCACCUACUAUAUCCCCUGAUAAACAUAACGAGAAC